GUUGUUGGGUUGUAUUGGGUUUUUUACUAACCCAUCUUAUUUGUCCAAAUACUUUUUAACUCUCAAAAAUCAUUCUCCUAUCUUUCUUUCUUCUUCUUCUUCCUUCUUUUUCUUCUUGACCCUUUUUAUUCCUUUCCCUCAUUCUUAGAGGGAAGGAAGAACAAUAUUAUAAAUUAUUUAUUUUUAUUUUUAUUUUAAAUAUUAUUAAUUUCCCCCUUUUUGGGUGAGAAAAAAAAAAGAAAAAAAAGAACCAUGGAUUCAACAUCGUGUGUCUCUAACGAUGCAGUUUCUGGGUUCAAAGACAAGGAGUCAAUGGUUGACCCUUUUUUGGUUGAAGCUCUUCAGAACCCUCGUCAUCGUCUUACAAUUCUGCGGAUGGAGCUGGAUAUCCAGAAAUUUCUGAAUAAUGGCGAUCAGCAGCAUUUCGAGUUUCAACAUUUUCCUUCUUCUUAUCUCCGACUGGCUGCACAUCGUGUCGCUCAACACUAUGGUAUGCAAACAAUGGUUCAAGAUACCGGCUUAGAUGGCCAGAGUAAAAUCCUGGUCAGAAAGUUAGCUGAAAGCAAGUAUCCUGUAGUUCGCUUAUCUGAAAUACCUGCAAAACAGUUGGACAGUGAGAAAUCCGAGCAGAAAAAAAUUGUCAUUCGACCUAGGCCUCAGAAAAAUAGUUUGGAUGGAUCCAAUGAGUCUGCAAAGAAAGGAAACACUCUGAGAAGUGUGGAAGAGAGGAAAGAGGAAUAUGAUCGGGCACGAGCACGUAUCUUUAGUGGCUCUACAAGCUUUGAUUCAAGUGAUACCCCAUCCGUGGUCCCUAUAGAUGGCAGACAUUCUUUAAUGAACAAGGAUGAGAAUGAAACUAGCAAAGUCCCCAUGUCUGAUUCAGAAAGAUGCAUUAGUAUCAGGGAUAAUAGUUAUCCUCGAGUUGCCAUUAUCAGGGAUAGGGAAAAGGAUCGAAGUGAUCCAGAUUAUGAUCGUAGCUAUGGAAGGUAUGCUAGGAGUGUUGCAACCUCUGCAGUUAACUUGGUGCCUUUUAAUUUGCAAAAAGUUCAACCUUCAUUUGCGCCGUAUGAUGCUACUUUUAAUCAGUUGGGUCAGAUGUCACAAACUCAAGCUUCACUUGGAUAUGGACUUCCUUCAACCCCGAUAAUGAGUCCUUUCUGUACACCAGGAUUGAAUCCGACAUCUGCGGAUGGAGCUUACCUACAGUGGCCAAGUCCUACAAUGAUGUAUGCUCAUUCGUAUGACCAAUUUAGACAUGCUGUUUACCAGGCUCCAUUUGGUCAACCGUUGAGCUUUGACUAUUCACAGAACUAUUAGAUUACAUGUAGGAGGAAGAAGAGAUUUGGAUUUGAAUGCAGAAUUUAUGUUAGCUUUUUAGGAGAUCUCAUUCAUAUUAGCUUCAUUUUUCAGUACUCCUUUUGUUUGUUUUGUUUCUGUUAUGGUAAUAUGUUGUUGUCUUUGAUUUUCAGUUUUGAUGGUUACAGAAAAAUUUGUUUAGUACUCUUCUAUAUUGUCAUAGUUUAUAAAAUAGUGAACUCUAGUGGAUUAUGGAUCUAUAUUAUUAUAUAUAUGAUAAUGUUUCUCUGGUUGGUUUAAAAUA